AUGGACAAGCGUACUGUCGUACGCUUGGUCGAGCAGGAUAUCAAAGCGAAUUGUUCGCAUCUGCUGGUGGCCAUUUGCAAAUCCUAUACGAGCUUUCUGCUUAGGCAAAGAACUUCCCAUGAGCCCAAGGCGCAAAUUUCUUCUGGUCCUCGGAACCAGCGGGGGUCCGAAAGCGAAUGGCCUGGUCGCGACGUCAGGCGCCGGCUGAAUGCGAAGAAUGAAUGGGGGGCCUCGUUUGUUGCCCGGGCGUCGAUUCCGAGGCGUGGGUUUGAUCGUCGGCCUCUGCCUUUGGCCACUUGGGUUCGCUUCAUCCGGAAUGAAAAGGAAAACCCUCGUGCUGGGGAGAGGGGUUUUUUGUCUGCCAGGCACAGAUUGGUCCUCAUUACCGGCCCUGGGCUAGUGUUGCAUGAAGCAUCCGUUCGGUACAAAAGGCCCAAAAAAUAAAGUAGACGAAAGCCCACUCUUCUGCGCUGACGAAGAUUUAUUUCCUUUUCCGGAUGACGAAGAAAGCAGGCAAUAUUUAUUCAUUUCACGACACCUUCCUGAUGGCGUCGUUUCAUGACCACCGUCGUGAGGAGUGUCGUCAUUUGGGUUCCCUUGACCCCGGGUUCUUAUUUUUAUGCUGAAAAAAAAAAGGUUGGCAUGGUUUGCGUCGCAGUGCGACGCACGAUGUUUGCAUUAUCCCAGGGCUUUUUGCAGCAACUCGCGAGUGUCAUUAGGUGGACUGUUCGUGGG